AUUCACUCUCUCCCAGCCAACGACGCAAGUGGCUCUCAACAGAACCAGUCGACAGAAGUCAGAUCGAGCUGAGGAACGAUGCUGGGGCUCUAUCUGUGCGUCACCCCGCUGCUUGUUUUCUGCGCUCACGGGAGCCCCGGAUCCCCGCGCCGCUCACCCCGUGCGCCUGCGGUGAGGGUGCGUCUCGCAGGCAACAGUCGAAAUCAAAACGAAGGGCGUGUGGAGGUCUUCUACAACAACACCUGGGGCACUGUGUGCGACGAUGAGGUCGACAUAAAGCUGGCAAACGUUGUGUGCAGAGAGCUGGGCUUCCAAAACGGCAUCACGUGGGCGCAUAGCGCCAAGUACGGGGAGGGAGAUGGUCCUAUCUGGAUGGACAAUGUGCGCUGCGGCGGCUCGGAGCGCUCGCUCACAGAGUGCCGCUCUAACGGCUGGGGCGUCCACGACUGCAGGCACACGGAGGACCUGGGGGUGGUCUGCGGCAACGAGAGGCGCCUGGACCACCUCUACCAGGGACCGUCGCGGCCGGGCUACCACCGGGGGCACCCUAUCGCCCUGCGGCGCAACAUCAGCACACCACGCCAGUGGCACGACAACUCGGCGAGGUUCGGCAACAGCGCCGUGCACGACCUCCCGCGGCUGGGCCCGCCUGCCAGGAGCCAGCUGUUCAAUGGACACAGCGCGCCCAUCAGCAAGGUGAGGAUCGAGGAAGUUCGCCUGAGGCCCAUUCUCACUGCCACCAAGAACCGCCCCCUUGUGACAGAGGGCGUGGUGGAGGUGAAGCACGCGGGGAGGUGGCGCCAGGUGUGCGACCUGGGCUGGAACCUCAACAGCAGCAGGGUGGUGUGCGGCAUGCUCGGAUUCCCCGCGGCGGAGCAGCACAACGUCAUCGCCUACAAAAAAAUUUGGGAUUCAAAGGUCAAAGAUCCUACUACCAGGCUGAGCAUGAUGGCGGGGAAAAAGGGCUUUUGGGUGGAGAAGGUGCACUGCCUGGGCACGGAGCCCAGCCUGUCCCAGUGUCACUCCCAGCUCUCCAUCCCGCGCAGCCAGACCCCCUGCAGGAACGGCCGGCACGCCAUUGCCCGCUGCGUCCCAGGACCCCAGUUCUCCCGAAUCUCUUCCGGCCGGCCCCAGGCCCCGCACCCCAGCAUGCCAGUGGUGCGGUUGAAGGCGGGCCCACGUCUGGGUGAGGGGCGUGUGGAGGUGCUGCGUGAGGGGAAGUGGGGCACAGUGUGCGACCACCUGUGGGACCGCAUCUCAGCCAGCGUGGUGUGCAGGGAGCUGGGCUUCGGGACGGCGAAGGAGGCCCCUACCGGAGCCUUCAUGGGCCAAGGAACGGGUCCCAUCCACAUGAACUCGGUGCAGUGCCUCGGCACGGAGCGCUCCAUCAUGGACUGCUACUUCCGGGAGGUCUCCCCCAGGACCUGCAAGCACAGCCAGGACGCCUCCGUCCGCUGCAACGUGCCGAAAACGGGCCUGGAGAGCACAGUGCGACUGGCGGGUGGCCGGCAGCCUGGCGAGGGGCGUGUGGAGGUGCUGAUGGACAUGGGCGGGCGAAAGCGCUGGGGUGCGGUCUGCAGUGAGAACUGGGGCAUCAACGAGGCCAUGGUGGUAUGCCGCCAGCUGGGCUUUGGCUUUGCCGCUGUGGCCCAUCAGGAGACCUGGUACUGGCCGGGAGACCCGGGCGCCAGCGAGGUGGUUCUAAGCGGGACCCACUGCAUCGGGACAGAGCUGUCGAUCCAGCAGUGCCGCAGGAACGGCCACGUGCACUGCCCGCGGGGGGGAGGGUCCAGGGCAGCCGGCGUCACCUGCGCAGAGACGGCCCCUGACCUGGUGCUGGAUGCCCAGCUGGUCCAGGAGACGGCCUACCUGGAGGACCGCCCCUUGCACCUGCUGACCUGCGCCCACGAAGAGAACUGCCUGUCGUCAUCGGCCGCACGCAUGCAGUGGCCGUACGGACACCGCCGGCUGCUCCGCUUCUCCUCACGCAUUCACAACCUGGGCAGGGCCGACUUCCGCCCUCGCGCCUCCCGCGAGUCCUGGAUCUGGCACCAGUGCCACAGACACUAUCACAGCAUCGAGGUGUUCACACACUACGACCUCCUGACUCUCAACGGCACCAAGGUGGCUGAGGGCCAUAAGGCCAGCUUCUGUCUGGAGGACACCUACUGCCCUGAUGGGUUGCACAAACGUUACGCCUGCUACAACAUGGGGGAGCAGGGCAUCACUGUGGGUUGCUGGGACACCUACCGUCACGACAUCGACUGCCAGUGGGUGGACAUCACAGACGUCAGGCCUGGGGACUACAUCUUCCAGGUUGAGGUCAACCCCUCCUUAGACAUGGCAGAAUCUGACUUCAUGAACAAUGUGAUGCGCUGCCGAUGCAAGUAUGACGGGAGUAGAGUCUACAUGUAUGGCUGUCACACAGGGGAUGCAUACAGCGCAGAAAUCGAGGAUCUGUUUGAGCACCAGCGGCAGAUCACCAACAACUUCAUAUAGGCCGUGCCUCAGGGUGGAGCGCUGGGACACCUCGGGGUGGGGCCAGGACACAAGCUCGGCACCACAGGACGCAGUGCCUUCAGCAAUGUCACAGAACGGCAUCUGUCUCCCACCAAGUGCGCCACAACUCCUAGCGGCUACACACUGACGAAUGAGAAAAAAAAAAAAUCAAGAUUCACAGAGACUUUGGGUCCACCUGUAAAGAGAACCUUUUCAGGUGGGAUCCUCAUGGCAACGAGAGGGACUGUUGUCACCCUGGCAACAGGUUUACUGCAGUUCACAUGGCAACAGGUUUACAUAUCUUGGAUCCAAUCAAAAAUGGGUUCCUCACAAACUAAUUAAAUACUGUUUCCUACUAAUGUUUGGUUACCAACAGAUAUUUUGAAACUCACAUCAACAAAACCAAUUCCUACAAAAGACACUUAAGGCAGAACAUCUAUAUGGAAAAAGAUAUAUAAAAAUAUAAACAUAUCUUCAGUAGAUACAUUAAUAUAUUGAUAUCCAUAAAGUAUUGAUAUCAUUAAGUAUUAUAUGCUGUAGCAGACAGUGGUGCCCACUGUUGGAAAUGACUGGCCAUUUUAGGACAAACCCCUUGGAGAGGUAAGUAAGAGAAAUGGAUGAGGUGGAGGAAUGUUUCUGGAUGUUAUUUGGGACUGUAGCCUGGCCUGGAUUCCUUAUUUCUGGAUCUGUAAAAUCUGGACAAUGUCGAUAAUGGUGCUUUUUUUGUUGUUGAGGCGCUGUUUCAACAAAUUGACACACUCCCUUUAGUUCA